AAUGUCGGAAUUCUCUCAAACCGCAUUGUUCCCGUCUUUGCCUCGCACUGCUAGAGGAACUGCCGUAGUUCUCGGCAACACCCCCGCUGGAGACAAGAUUCAAUAUUGUAACGGAACAUCGGUUUAUACUGUACCAGUUGGAAGCCUAACCGACACCGAAAUCUACACUGAGCAUUCUCACCAAACGACUGUCGCCAAGACAAGCCCAAGUGGUUAUUAUUGUGCUUCUGGUGAUGUUCAUGGAAAUGUUCGUAUCUGGGACACAACUCAAACCACCCACAUUCUGAAAACUACUAUUCCGGUGUUCUCUGGACCAGUGAAGGAUAUUUCGUGGGAUAGCGAAAGUAAGAGAAUUGCCGCCGUUGGAGAAGGCAGAGAACGUUUCGGUCAUGUUUUCUUGUUUGACACUGGAACGUCUAAUGGAAAUCUUACCGGACAAGCUCGCGCUAUGAACAGCGUCGACUUCAAGCCAUCACGCCCAUUCCGCAUUAUCUCUGGAUCUGAUGAUAAUACAGUGGCGAUUUUUGAAGGACCACCAUUCAAAUUUAAAAGUACUUUCGGAGAACAUACGAAAUUCGUCCACUCUGUGCGCUACAACCCUGAUGGCUCUCUGUUCGCCUCGACUGGAGGAGAUGGAACCAUUGUGUUAUACAACGGAGUUGAUGGAACAAAAACCGGAGUCUUUGAAGAUGACUCUUUGAAAAAUGUCGCUCAUUCUGGAUCUGUGUUUGGCCUUACCUGGAGCCCGGAUGGUACAAAAAUCGCAUCGGCUUCUGCUGAUAAGACCAUUAAAAUUUGGAAUGUGGCUACAUUAAAGGUUGAAAAGACUAUUCCCGUUGGAACUAGAAUUGAAGAUCAACAACUUGGAAUCAUUUGGACCAAGCAGGCUCUUGUGUCUAUCUCUGCUAAUGGAUUUAUCAAUUUUGUCAAUCCAGAAUUGGGAAGUAUCGAUCAGGUUAGAUACGGACACAACAAGGCGAUUACUGCACUUAGCAGCAGCGCUGAUGGAAAAACUCUUUUCAGUGCUGAUGCUGAAGGACAUAUUAACUCCUGGGAUAUUUCCACAGGAAUAUCAAACCGCGUGUUUCCGGAUGUUCACGCCACAAUGAUCACCGGAAUCAAGACAACCAGCAAGGGUGAUUUGUUCACCGUCAGUUGGGAUGAUCAUCUGAAGGUUGUUCCUGCCGGAGGUUCUGGAGUCGAUUCUUCCAAAGCUGUUGCCAACAAAUUAUCUUCGCAACCUCUCGGUCUCGCCGUUUCCGCAGAUGGAGAUAUUGCAGUUGCUGCUUGCUAUAAGCAUAUUGCAAUUUACUCUCAUGGAAAGCUCACGGAAGUACCAAUUAGCUACAAUUCUUCCUGUGUGGCAUUAUCGAACGAUAAGCAAUUUGUUGCUGUUGGUGGACAAGACUCGAAGGUCCAUGUGUACAAACUCUCUGGAGCAAGUGUCUCUGAAGUUAAAACAAUUGUCCAUCCUGCUGAAAUCACAUCUGUCGCAUUUUCGAAUAAUGGAGCUUUCCUCGUGGCAACCGAUCAAUCACGAAAGGUUAUCCCGUACUCUGUUGCGAACAACUUCGAGCUAGCUCACACAAACUCCUGGACUUUCCAUACCGCCAAGGUUGCAUGUGUUUCCUGGUCACCGGACAAUGUCCGUUUGGCGACCGGUUCCUUGGAUAACAGCGUUAUUGUAUGGAACAUGAACAAACCAUCUGAUCAUCCGAUCAUCAUUAAAGGUGCUCAUGCUAUGUCGUCUGUCAAUUCGGUAAUUUGGCUCAACGAAACUACAAUUGUGUCGGCCGGACAAGAUUCGAAUAUCAAGUUCUGGAAUGUACCUUUUUAAGUCGAGAAGCUUUUUGAUUGCCCUCUAAGUAUCCUUAAAAUUAUAUUGAUUUUCAUAAUUAUCACUAAUUUUCGUGUUUACUGCAAGCACUAUCAUCUCCUUCGAAGCCUUAAAUACACGCGUAAAUAAAAACUAUUGGUGCAAA